CCCAGCGGCCUGCUUGUCGGGGCUUGCUUGAUUGCCUGCUAACUUGCUUGCUUGCUUGCUUGCUUGGUGGUGCAUGUGGGUACAUUCUAGCUGCAUCGCCGUCUCGGUGGUCGCCGCGGGCAUUUUUUGUUUUGUGUAGUUCUGGUUCUGCACAACAGUCCAGCCUUUAUUUUGGAUGAGUCUUCUCGACACUGGAUGCAUGUUGCAAGCAACUGUCCAAGCUCCCGAUGAAGGCGUACAGGACAGCGGGAGAGGGCGGGAGGGUGACGUCAGGCUGCCUGCGGCUGGCGGCGUUUGUGGGUGGGUGGCGCUGUUUGGGCUUGAUGCCCUGGUCACCUGUAGUUGUACCUAUACCUAGGUACCUAGGUAUACAUGCCAUGUACUAUGUUUUAUGUCCAUACACCAGUCACUCAAGAGCUGCUAAACAUCUUGUCGUCGCGGCACCUCCAUCUCUUCCAGGCCAUGGCGACAUGGCAAUCGCGCUUGAGCUCCCCGUCUUUGUCCCCCCCGUUGUCUCCCCAUGGGCCCGUAAGCUCAAGGCCCCCAGCCAGCCGAAGAGCUUGCCUGCCGCCAAUUCGCUGCCCGUGCGCCAAAGGUGGGGCUGCGCUAGCCUAGCUAUGUUGCUGCUGCUGCUGCUGUUGAUGCUCGCGCUGCUGCUCUGCCUUGUGCUUGUCCAUCCGUGUGUAGCUCGCCCUUGUCCCUCCCCCCCCGACCAAAACAACGCGACCACCUCUUCCCUCUCAACUACCCGCGUCCUCAGCUCCUCAAUUGCAUCUCGCCUUACCACAUCUGCAACCAUGGCUGAUCGCGACGAGAAGAUCGUCGAGACAAACGACCCCGUCGUCCACCAGGACGAGAAGGUCGCCACGUCCAACCACCAGCACGACGAGAAGAUCGAUGCAAAGACCGACCCUGCUGCUGGCACGCGCCGCAACAGCUCCGUCGUCGCCGACAUCGCCGUCCACAACCCUCUCAAGCGUCAAUCCGUAGAGACCGUCGCCACAGAUGCCGCCACUUUUGCCGAGGCCAACGGCAUGGCAGACAAGGUCACGCUCUUCACCAAGGCCGCUCUCGUGGCACGUGAUCCAGAGAACUUUGAGAGCUUGUCCGAGCUGGCCGAGGACGAGCGUGCCGCCCUCAUCUACGAGCGCGAGCACAUUUGGCACGGUUCCAAGAUGCUGUGGUACUCGAUCGGUCUUUGCGCCGUCGGUGCUGCCACGCAAGGUUGGGAUCAGACCGGUUCCAACGGCGCCAACUUGGGUUUCCCCCAGGAGUUUGGCCUCGACAAGCGCGGUAUCGAAGGUCGCUGGAUCAUUGGUCUCAUCAAUGCCAUCAUCUUCCUGACGGCCGGUUUGAUCGGUGCCUGGAUUGUCGACCCCCUCAACCACUACCUCGGCCGACGAGGUGAGAUCUUCGUCACUGCCCUCUGCCUCACUGCAACCCCCAUCGGCUCCGGUUUCGCGAGGACCUGGCAGGAGCUGUUUGCUGCUCGUUUCGUCAUGGGAAUCGGAAUUGGUGCAAAGAACGCUACGGUACCCAUCUUCUCCGCCGAAAUGGCCCCAGCCCGCAUCCGCGGUGCCUUGGUCAUGUUCUGGCAGCUGUGGGUCGUCACUGGUAUCUUCCUCGGUUUCUGCGCCAACGUCAUUGUCAAAGAUGUCGGUGACAUUGCCUGGCGUCUCGAGCUCGGCUCUGCCUUCAUUCCUUCCUUCAUCCUCGGAGCCGGCAUCUGGUUCUGCCCCGAGUCCCCUCGUUGGUUGAUGAAGCACGGCAAGAUCGCACAGGGCUUCCACUCCAUGGACCGCCUCCGCGCUCACCCCAUCAUCGCUGCCCGUGACUACUACUACUCGUACAUCAUCUACACCGAGGAGAUGAAGGUGGCUGGUGGCCAGGGAUACUUCCGCCGUAUGGCCGACUGCUUCACCGUCCCUCGCAUUCGUCGCUCCAACUACGGAGCCUCAACCGUCAUGCUUGCCCAGCAGAUGUGUGGUAUCAACAUCAUUUCCUUCUACAGCUCCAGUAUCUUCACCGAAGCCGGCUUCUCAAAGGACCAAGCUCUGUUUGCCUCGCUCGGAUACGGCGCCCUUCAGAUGGUCUUCACCGUUCCCACCCUCUUCCUCAUCGACACCAAGGGCCGUAGAACGCUGACGCUUCUCACGUUCCCCUUCAUGUGUAUCUUCCUGCUCGCAGCCGGUCUCUGCACUCUCACAUAUGACGAAAUCCCUGCAGAGAUGCUCACCGCGUCUCAAGCUAGCGCUCGCGUUGGUCCCAUUGUCCUCUUCAUCUACCUCUUCACCAUCGCCUAUUCGCUCGGUGAAGGUCCCGUUGCUUUCCAGUACUCCGCCGAGGUCUUCCCCACCAUCCAGCGUGAGCAGGGCAUGGCCUGGGCCGUCUUCAUCAACAACACCUUUGCCGGUGUCUUGUCCCUCACUUUCCCGCCCAUGGUCGACGCCAUGUCGCAGGUCGGUGCCUUUUCCUUCUACGCCGGCCUGAAUUUGAUCGCCUGGGGCAUGAUUUUCUGCUUCGUGCGCGAGACCAAGCAGCUCACCCUCGAGGAGCUGGACCAGGUCUUCUCCGUCCCCACCAGGCAAUUCCUCAACUACGAGACCAAGACGUGGUUGCCCUACUUCUUCAAGCGCCACAUUCUCCGCAAGCCCAUCGAGAAGCCCCCACCAAUGAUCGAGACGGCUCCCCGUCCCGAGCAAGUUGGAAAGGCUUAG